AGCUCGGUCAGCCUAUAGGUGGCGUACUCCUAGAGGUCAUCGGGAUCAUUUACGUCGGAGGAGGCGGUGUUUAGCCGGUUAGGGCGCUAGUGCGAAUCAUGAAUAAUGCAGAAGUGUCGGUGACGGCGGAUGCACCACCCUUCCUUCUCCUAUCGCAAUUACUUGGGUCCACUGUGUCCGCGAUGUCUGCGCCACUUCCCUCUGGCGAGGCCUCCAUUGAACCGGUUGUCCCCGCGUCGCUGCUGGGCAACUCCUUUCCGCUCGUGCUGAAGAAGCUCAUAGAGAACCCUCCAAAGAACUUUCUGGACGCAGGAGAUGUCGAUAAAGACAAGAUCAAAUUGGACAAGGAUGACAUUAAUGAAAAUGCAAUGUCUGUUUCUGCUGCGCUUAUGCCCCCUAUCUGGGAUAAGACGAUUCCAUACGAUGGAGAAUCUUUUCACCUGGAGUACAUGGACCUUGAUGAAUUCCUACUGGAGAACGGGAUACCGUCCAGCCCUACACAGCUUGCUCAGGCACUUCAGAGCUCACUUAUUCCUGUAGCUGACCUGGAAGAUGAAGAAGAGCCAGGAUCUUCUACCUCUUCACCCCCUGUAUCUCCAUCUGUUUUGUUGAAGUGCUCUGAAAGAAAAGGCACAUCUGUAACUGAAGAUGCCGAUCCUCCCAGUCCCAUUGAUCCUGACAAGAUAGAGGUGGAAGUCAACUUCAGCCCAGACCCCACAGACUUGGUUCUUUCCAGUGUGCCAGGAGGGGAACUCUUUGACCCAAGGAAACAUCGGUUUGCGGAAGAAGAGCUGAAGCCACAGCCCAUGAUCAAGAAGGCUAAGAAAAUAUACGUUCCAGAAGACAUGAAGGAUGAAAGGUAUUGGAGUAGAAGGAAGAAGAACAAUGUGGCAGCCAAACGAUCUCGAGAUGCUCGCCGACUUAAAGAAAAUCAGAUCACGGUCCGGGCAGCCUUUCUGGAAAAGGAGAACACUGUGCUACGUACAGAGGUGGCUGAGCUGCGCAAGGAGCUUGGCAAAUGCAAGAACAUAAUUUCCAAAUAUGAGACCCAAUAUGGACAUUUUGACUUCAGUGAUUCAGAUUGAUUCUCCUUUCAACAUAUUCAACAUUUUUCUUCUUUCUCCUCCAAAACACCUUUACCAGUAAAACAAUCCCGCUGCUGCCAGGAAUGGAUUAUUAAGCAAUUAAAAACAAAAACUUAUCUUCAAGUACUUCAAACAACUAUAAGAAUUUUUUUUUUCUCCUGGUUUAAACAGAAAAAAUACACACUUUUGAAGAACAGAUCUUAAAAAGCAGAGGUAGCUAAUACUUCAAGCUUGUGGUUAUAUUUGUGUUUUGUAGUCUACGUUUAAUCGACAAUUGAACAAAUGGUAACAGCAAGCACCUUCCAUACUGUAUGCUAAAACGGAAGGACUCGGUCGGUGCAGAAUGGUCUGUAGCUGGCUGUAGCAUGUUACCAUGCAGAACGCAUGGUAGCCUUCAUAAGGAAUGCUAGAAGUGUCAUGUUCAGUUCCACCAAGUCUACAUUCUGUUUUGGCUGAACCAGUACAUGUAUGAUUAGAGCAGGCACAUCUGUCUAGAGUGGUGGGAAAGAUAAAUUCUGCCUUCUUGGAGAAAGAUUGGAAGGGACCUCACACCAAGUGGAGAACCUGUGUUUUUACAUGCAUGACCCCGGAACCGGCUCAGUGUAAAGGAUUGACCUGGGUUGCUACCAGGGUUAUUCCAGGUCUGCAGCAGUGUGUAAGUCAGACCUGGGUAAUAUAUGACGUUUGAAGAUCAUAUACAUAAGUUUGGAGAUUACGUCCUCUCCAAGUGCUCCUGAGACAGCCAAUCUGCAGCCUUUUAGGCAUGACCUGGGUCAUACAUGACCUUGGUCAUGCAUGACCUGGGUCAUACAUGACCUUGGUCAUGCCUGAAAGGCUGCUGAUUGGCUGGCUCGGGAGCACUUGGAGAGGACGUAAUCUCCAAACGUCAUGUGUGAAGACAAGCGACCUUGGACCAUCCACUGUGUGAAAGGGGGGGGGGGGGGAAGGAAGUAUAGCUGAAGCCCUGACUCCAACCUGUGUUCAGUAGUCCUGGUUGGAUGCGGGUUGGAGCUGUGACUUCCGAGUGAAAGGGGUAUUUACUGAUCUCUGGGUUAGCUUUUAAUUUCUGUGGGAAAAAUGGAAAGUUUUUACGUUCUCUCAAUGUAUACCACAUGAAUGAAGUACUUUUUUUUUGUUAAUGUUUGGAAGGGGAGAGAGAUUUCGGUAUUAAUAGUUUAGCUAGCCCUCCACCUUUUAUUUUACAGUGCGUUUCCUGCAUUAAUUAAAACAAAUGCUAUUUCUCUAUAUACAGUACAUGUAAUCUGUAUUUCUUUGUAUGUACUGUAUUACUACUAAGACUUUUGGAGGACAAAUCUCCAUUUUCAAUACCACAAUAUGUAUAUAUCACUUUAUACAAUGUCUCCUAUCUGCAAAGGGAACACUAAGGUGAAUCCAAUUAGCCUUGGGGUUUACCUGCAGCUAAUAACCCGCACUGACCAAUUCAAUUAGUGGUGCUAACCUCACACGUUAAACCACAAAGGUGGUCUGUGAUAAAAGGCAACCUCUGGGUUUAACACGUGAUGAAACCUAUUAAUUCCACAUUUUACACAGAAUCAGUGGGUUAGCACGGGUUACUGCUGGGGGACAGAGGUUUAUUUGAGUAGCUCCGGGCAUGAAACAGCUAAACCCCGCGGCUAAUUGAUUUCCCCCCUAAGGGUCAUUUCAGUGCUGUCUUUUGUUGCAUUUUAUUUUCACUUUUAAGGACGUAGUCUCUUAUAUGGGAAUAUCUUUCACAACUAUAAUGUUUGGUUAAUUGCAUUUUUUUUAUAUAAUUUUAUAUACUAUAUUACGUUUUGCAAAUGUGACUGUUUCAUUAAGUAGGCAAAAUGUAUGUAUAUCUCACAAGAAAGCUAAACCUGUACAUAAACUUAUAAAAUAAAUCUUUCUGUAUGACUUGUUAAUUGAAAAA